ACUUUUCGUGUAGAAAAAGCACGCAUCGAAGUUGUAAUCCGCACAGUGAUAUCAAUCAAUGAUAAAACAUGUCUUUUAAUAAUUCGGAUUACGAUUCGUCCAACGUGGAAAUUGAGGAGUUCGAGGUCGAUGAAGUGGACGUAUCCGACCUGACAGAGUUUAUCGAGCUAGGAGGUGAGACUUUAGCGAAGUUACCAAAGGCGGGUGGGGGCCCUUCAACUUCCACGGCCAAAGCACGCUGCACCACGGCGUCAGAGUCGGAUACAGACGACGAACGAAUACAGCAGCGGGAGACACUAUUGAAAAAGCUCGUUGCUCGUGAGAUAACGUAUUCGGAAUACCAGGAACGCUUGCCAGAUGACGAGUUGGAUGAGGAAGAUGGCUAUCUGGAGCUAGCAAAGCAGCAAAAAAGAGCUAACUAUGAGAAUGAUUAUGCAACGGCGCGGAUGGAUGCAUUCCGGGGUAAUCUACAGGGUUCAUCGCCAACGGAAAACAAAAGACGCCGAAGGAAAAAUCUUCCACCGGCACUACAAGGCUUGAUGGGUGAGGCGAAUCUUUGCUUUGCACGCGGUGACAUGAAAACGGCAAAAGAUCUUUGCUUGGAAAUCAUUCGCCAGGUACCGUUGGCCCACGAACCUUUCAUUACCCUGGCACAGAUUUACGAAACCGAUGAUCCAGAACAGUAUCUGCAUUACUCAUUAAUUGCGGCCCACCUGAAUCCGACAGACGUGGGCCAGUGGACGCAGGUAGCCGAACUGUGUGUGGAGCGUGGCAAAGUCGAUCUGGCUUUAACUUGUUACACACGCGCGCUUAAAACGGAUCCCAAAAAUAUCGAAAUUCGCCUGAAACGAGCGCAGCUGGCAGAAAGCCGUGGCGAUGUGAAACAAGCGUACCGGUACUACUACGGGAUGCUACCGUACAUACCGCAGGAGCAGGGGGAUCUCAUGAUCAGUACCGCCAAAAAGGUAGCCAAAAAGUUUCACGAAGAAACAAACAUCGGUGCGGCGUUGGAUGCCAUGCAGAUCGCGUACAGUACGGUGCCAGAUAAAUUUUCCACCGAAGACAUCAAUGUACUAUUGGAACUGAUGAUUGCAAACGGUUUGUACCGACGGGCGCUUGAUAUUCUCUCCAUGCACGCGGGUGUAGAGGUCGUCGAGACCGGUUCGGACGUGGUGAGCCGCGAAGAACCGAAACCUAUGGUGAUGAUUACUAUUUCGGAUGACAUAAUGCUGGACUUCCGUACCAAACUGGCCGUUGUGGUGGUUCACUUGAAGUACGAGCAUUUGUUCGAGCAUCUCAUCGAAGAUAUCGUAAUGUACAUCGAUCCAGAAAGCGAUGGUGACUGCUACCUAGACAUUGCCGAAGCAUUGAUGAAAGAACAAUACUAUCGAUUUGCUUUGCGGAUGCUUGAGCCACUCAUAAGAAGUAAGAAAUUCUCUCUGGCUGCUGUUUGGCUGCGAUACGCAGAUUGCUGCCGUCAUGUUGAAGCAAAUGAAGAGGCAAUUGCAGCCUACAGGAAGGUGGUGUCCCUUGCGCAGCAUCUGGACGCAAGGCUUGCGUUGGCCGCACUGUUGAAGAAACGAGGGGAUCACGACGAAGCACUGGAGGCGCUUAAACAAGAUCCAGACGUAGAAUACCUCGAUCCAGAGGUUCUGUACGAACGCUGCCUGUUGCUCGAAGAAGUCGGUCAUUAUCAGGAAUUUCUGGUGGAAGGAUUUAUGCUUCUCGCACGCCAUUGUUAUGAACUUAAGAAUCGCUAUGAAAUGGAUACCGUUGUGCUGGGCUUUCGAAUGUACACUUCCAGAUUGGGCGAUCUUAAAAAUCGAUCUAUUGGCGAAGGUGCCCCCGCCUUCAGUACAUCGAACGACUUGUCCUUGGAAACCGAAUGGGAUCUAGUGCUACGUCUGGUGAAGGCGGCCGACAUCUUACGGGACUACACUUUUUUCAUGAAACUUGUGUUCACCCUACGAACGUCUAAACGGUUCGAACGGUACCGGAACGAGCUGCAGCAGCUUGCCUUAACCGCUUGCAUCUACAACCGUGACCCCACUUUCGGCCUCAACAUCAUACGGGACCAGAUUCGUGCGAUCGUCGCAGGGACGCAGUCGGCAAAGCUCAACCAAUCGCACCUGUGGAACCUGUUCAAUUUGGUCAUUCUGAUCAGCGGUGAUGCACGCUAUCAACGAUACCUGUCGCGACUAUUUAAGCGGGUGCCGGGUAUCGGCAUUUAUCCCAAGACGCUGCUCGCCAACUACCACCUCAACUCGACGACCUACAAGUACGCGCUGAACGAGUACAACAAGAUCUACAACAAGACCAAAGAUCCGUUGAUUGCGAUGUUGAUUGCCGUGACGCUGCUGCAAAUCGCGAGUCAAAAGUACUCGACCAAAAAACAUUCACUGCUGGCACAAGCGAACGUCUACAUGGAGAAGUACCGCCAGGGCCGUCCAAAUGAGUUACAACACGAGGUGUGGUACAACUACGGCCGGUUGUACCAUCAGCUGGGCAUAUAUCACCUGGCGACCGAUUACUACAAACGGGUGCUGCACUUCGACAGUGAGGUGGUGCGUGAAAAUCCUCAACAUUUGUGUCUGAAAGCGGAAGCGGCGUAUAAUUUGUGUUCCAUCUAUAAGCAGAGUGGAAACUUGAUGCUGGCUCGCAAAUAUAUGUAUGAUUAUUUGCAAGUAUAAGCAGUACAUGCAGCAAAGCGGUGAAUAUAAAUUUAAUUUUGUUCGUUUUCAAAUUUCGGAUGAUUGAAUAAUUAGGUUUAGCGUAAUUUGGAGGACGCUAUUUUGAGAUUGGUAGCGUCAGAAAUAUGACUUUCUAGUGAACAAUUGUCUACGAGUUAUUAUUCUUUUUCUUGUAAAUAUUUAAAUCGGUAAAAGGGUAAAUGCGACCCCGGCCUCGAUCCCCGUGUUCCUACUGGUUCACAUUUGCAUUAUGCACAUUCUUUAAAUCAGUCACGAAUCGCAGUUUUACCCGAAAGAGAUUUAUAAAAAAAUAUUACAAAAUAUUAUAAUUUAAAAAAAUUUGAAAACAUUUUCGAAGGCUUAACGAUUCGUUGCAGUUCAAUGUUUAAAUCGGAGUUUACAGUUAUGUCCGUGUUUUGUGCAACUUUUGAUCAGGAAAAUCAAUAGAAAAUGUAAAUCUGUCGAUCUAUUUAUUUAUUAAACUU